AUGGAGGGUGAUCAAACUAUUUUGAGUAAACCUCCCGAACUAAGGACCGGCAAAGACUCCGAAGACCACAAAGCUUUCACAUUUGACAAGUCAUAUUGGUCGGCUGACAAGGCGGACCCUAGAUACGCUGAUCAACAAACCGUAUAUAACGAUCUCGGCGAAGAACUGUUAAACCACGCUUUUGACGGUUAUAAUUGUUGUAUUUUUGCAUAUGGGCAAACGGGCUCUGGCAAAUCCUAUUCUAUGAUGGGUUACGGCGAAGAUAUUGGUAUCAUUCCACGAACGUGCUGCGAACUGUUCAAUCGUAUUGCGAAGAACACCGAUCCAAAUGUUACUUAUCGUGCCGAAGUGUCGUACAUUGAAAUUUACAACGAAAAAGUGCGCGAUCUUCUGAAUCCCAAAAACAAAGGCAACCUCAAAGUGCGCGAACACCCAAGUACCGGACCUUACGUCGAAGACUUAUCGCGGCUUGUCGUUACUUCCUUUGACAAUAUCAACGACCUCAUGGAUGAAGGCAACAAGGCACGAACCGUGGCGGCCACUAACAUGAACGAAACCUCGUCUCGAUCGCACGCCGUAUUCACAGUGUUUCUCACUCAAAAGCGACUCGAUCAAACGACCAAAAUGGAAAGCGAAAAAGUGGCUCGUAUCAGUUUGGUAGACUUGGCAGGCAGUGAACGUGCUAACAGUACCGGUGCUACGGGUGCGCGACUGAAAGAAGGUGCCAAUAUCAAUCGCUCCCUCACCACGCUGGGCAAAGUCAUUGCCGGUUUGGCCGAGCAGUCAUUGCAGGAAGGCAAAAAAGGAAAAAACAAAAAAGAAGUCUUUAUUCCAUACCGUGAUUCCGUGCUGACCUGGCUGUUGAAAGACUCCCUCGGUGGCAACUCCAAGACGGCCAUGAUUGCCGCCAUUUCCCCCGCUGAUUACGAUGAAACCCUCAGUACUUUACGUUACGCGGAUCAAGCAAAGAAGAUCAAGAACAAGGCCGUCGUUAAUGAAGAUCCUAAUGCCAAGAUGAUUCGAGAACUCAAAGAGGAACUGGAAGUAUUGCGUGAUCGACUCAAAGUAUAUGCUCCCGAUGUCGUUGAACAACUGGCAGCUACCAGCGCCCACAAAGACGCUCACACCAACGGCAAUAUAUCACCUGCGGCUACCCGUUCCAUGAACGGCAUACCUCAAGAAAUCGAAUUCGUCGACACUCAGGGUCGCAAAAAGAAGAUGUCAAAGCAAGAAAUCGUCGAACAGUUACAGAGUUCCGAAAAACUGUUGGCGAACCUGAACGAGACCUGGGAAGAAAAACUGAAACGUACCGAAGAAAUUCAAAUUGAACGUGAACGCACGCUCGAAGAACUUGGUAUUGCGGUCCACAAGAACAACGUAGGCGUCUAUGCACCCAAGAAGGUUCCCCAUUUGGUGAAUCUCAAUGAAGAUCCGCUCAUGUCCGAAUGCCUGAUGUAUCAAAUCAAAGCAGGCAUUACACGCGUCGGUCGUCAAGAAAGCGGAGUCCAAGCGGAUAUUCGUCUAAGUGGAUCGAAUAUCCAGGAAGAGCACUGCUGGUUUGAGCAUGUAAAUGGCGCUGUGACGCUUCAUCCGGGUCAAGAUUCACUUACCAUGGUGAACGGUAUCCGUAUCAGUGAACCGCGGCGCUUGAAGAGUGGUUUCCGUAUUAUCAUGGGCGAUCAUCAUAUUUUCCGAUUUAACCAUCCCGAAGAAGUGAGACGCGAACGCGACCUUCAAAAGGUGGCGGUUGAACGAACCAUGGGCAACGCAUCGCCAAGUUUUGACGAAGACGAACGGCCCGAUUCACCGACGGAAAAUACCAGUUUAUUAGGCUCCGAAGUCAUGGACUGGAAGUUUGCGCGAUUGGAAGCGAUGCGUAAUUAUUACUCAAACGAAGCCAACAUUAGUGGCAUGAACGAUGAGGAGCUUCAAAAAUUAUUUGACGAAAUCACGCGGGUCCGAAAUAUGCGACGAUGCCGUUCCGAAAGUCGAGCGGAAAUGGACGAAGACGAUUCAACCACACGCGGAUCUUACCGUAACUCGAUGGCCACUACCACCGUGUAUGAUGGUUCGGAAAGUGUAUGCACCGAAACAACCUUUGUACCCACCGAGCUGGAGGAAAAGUACAAGACUGAAAAAGAAAAAUUGCAGAAAGAACUCGAUUUUCAGAAACAAUACUAUGAGAAUCAGAUCAACCGUAUGUCGAUGCAACUGCCACAGCAAUUUGGAUUGUCCUUGUAUACCGACGAUCAGCUGCAAAUGCUUCGUCAAGUGCUUCGAAGAUGGAAAGGGUUACGCUACGUUAGUAUGGCCGAGGUGGUACUGACUAAUGCCGUCAUUUUGAAAGAAGCCAACGUUAUUUCCAAAGAACUUGACAAGGAAGCUUUGUAUCAGUUCACUAUCAUUGAAGAUGGCCAGUUCUCCAACCCCCUGUCGUACUGGGAAACGACUUCCGCUUUGCAUCAAUUCAAUACGGACGAAGAUACCACAUUGAUUUCGUCAGUCAAGCCCUGCAUUGGCGUGCGUGUGAUUGAUCGUAAACACCAAGUCGUGUAUGUCUGGUCCUUGGAAAAACUCAAGAUGCGAUUACACAAGAUGCGCAAUCUAUACAACUUUAUCGAUCGCCCCAUGUACCGCAAACAUUUCAACUGGGAAGAUCCCUUUUACGAAAAUCCCAGUCCAAAAUACUCAUUUAUCGGCAGCGCGGCCACCUCCGUUCGUAAUCUGGCAAUUCAACAACCCUAUGAAAGCUGUAUCGAAGUCAUAUGCCGAUCAACAGGACAAGUGAGAGGCAAAUUGAGACUAUUGAUUUCUCCUAUUGCCCGAUCCAUGUCACUCAGUAAAGGCGCCCUCCAGCUGGCGCAAGCGUGCGAUUCCGACAAGGCGGACAGCCAAACACUGCGUGUGGGACAGCAGUUGCUAUUCGAAGUACGAUUGCUGGAACUGAUGGGACUGAACGAAACCGAAUUCACUCAAGUCCACGUGCAGUUCCGACUUUCAUCGUUUGGCGGCAUUCCUGCCCAUUCCACGGCUGAAAAACUAUUUGCCACGGAUCCUAUGAGCGGCUUUGAGACGGCUUCGAUCCCCCUCGAUUACAGCCAAACCAUCUCGGUCGUCGUUACACGCAAUAUGCUGAAUGUGAUUAUGCACGAAAUGGUUUCUUUCGAAGUCUACGGCGUAGCUCAGCCUCGAAUUCUUUCUCAGUACGAACGCUGGGACGAUCAACGAGAGAAACCGCGUCUCGCCGACAUGUUGGCGGCCAGUGCCCAGCUGAAAGGAUCGGAUCAGGCCAGUAUUUGCAGUUCCACGGUGGAACGACGGCCAGAAGAGGAAAUGUUGGCGGCCGAACGUCACGACGUGGUAGCGUGGAUCCAAGUGUGCGAACUCAUGCCAAACGGAGAGUACAUGCCUGUACAAGUCACAGCUCAGAAUUCACUUGAUCGCGGUGUAUUCUCUUUGCGCCAAGGUUUGCAACGGCGUCUGUGCAUCACUCUGUCGCACACAUCCGGACGGCAGUUUGCCUGGAACCGCAUUUCGCGAGCUUCCAUUGGUCACGUACGAUUGCUAGAUGCCAAAGGUCGUAUCAUCGAUUCGCCUACGCACGAAGACAUUCCUAUCAAGCUGUUAGCGCAACAGACUGUAAGCUACAAGAACGAUGGCACGAGCCAGCUUCAAUGUCAGGGUGCAUGGGACAGCUCGCAACAUGAAUGUUUGUUCCUCAAUCGUCUUACUGGAUCCAACAGCCGCAUUCUGCUCAAUUUGAAGUGGGAAGUGGAAGCGGAGAAAUGCUCGAAACCCAUCCAGUUUAGCAUGGAUAUUGCGGUGCGUAUUCAAGGUCGCGAUGCCUCGGGCACUUCUCGAAUUCGCAAACUACUAGGCUCGCAGAAACAUCUCUCCAAGUGCAGCGGUAUUUUCCUUGUGAACCUGCGUCCACCCAUGACGCGUCGCGUCAGCCAACUGUGGCGUCUGAAUACGGCGGCCAAGUAUGUGCGCGGCGAGGAAUUCUUGGGUUCAUGGCGUCCACGGGGGGUAUCGCUAGUCAACGAUUACAAACACAUCAAAGAACGCAUUCGCCGCAAAGAAGACGUCGCCUAUACAUCGCAGAUUCUCACCCUUCGUAAUGCCCGUUCACAAACGAGCAACAAUUCCAUGGCCAAAAUCGAACAGGCCCAUGAACUGGCGAGCAAAUCGAGCGCUGUGGAUACAUGUGACAUAUUUACGAGCGAACAGGUCGAUCUGGUUCACAAGGUGCUCGAUCUAUGGUCGCAAAAAUUAGGAGUUGAUAAGGAUAUUGCCAUCAGCCAAGAUCCACCUAUACCCGGUCUCCAUGAUUUGGAGAUCCGCCAAGAGCUAUGGUCAAGCUCCAAAUUAUUAGCUGAAGUGAAACAAAUAACGCAGACAGACAAUGUGUCCAAAAAAGGUUACCUUACCUAUCAAGAGAAUGCUUUAGACGAUAAGUGGGUGAAACGAUGGUUUGUCAUGCGAAGGUAA